AUGCCCAGAGUCUAUCCUCCGAUAGACGGCAAGACCUCCUCGCCCACGCUCUCGCCUUCGAUCGUCGAAUCUGUCGCCGGCUUUUCCGCCGGGCUGAUUGCAACCCUUGUCGCCCAUCCGUUCGAUGUCUUGAAGACGCGCCUGCAGCUCGACCAGACGCAUGCGCCGCGAUGGGGAAACUCGUUUCACAUCCUCCGCAACAUUGUCCGCCAUGAGGGCAAUGUUGGCGCUCUGUACCGCGGCUUGAUGCCGAACAUGAUAGGGAACUCUGUCAGCUGGGCGUUGUAUUUUCUGUGGUACCGCAACCUGAAGGAUCUCUUCAAGGCGACUCGCGGCCAUGGCCAGAGACUUGGCUCCUCUGACUACUUCCUGUCGUCGGGAAUAGCGGGCAUUUUGACGGCGAUAUGCACGAAUCCUAUCUGGGUCAUCAAGACGCGCAUGCUCUCGACCGGCCGCAACACGCCGGGUGCCUAUCGGGGCAUCUCACACGGCGCGUCGGAAAUCAUGCGCACCGAAGGCAUUGCUGGAUUUUACCGCGGCCUCAUCCCGUCCUUGUUCGGCGUGUCUCACGGCGCGAUCCAAUUCAUGGCAUACGAGCAGUUGAAGUACUACAGAGGCGGCCAGAUUGGCGGCAGGUCGGAGCUAAGCAACUUCGACUACCUGUAUCUCAGUGCGUCAUCGAAAAUUUUCGCGGGCAGCAUCACGUACCCGUACCAAGUUGUGCGGUCCAGGCUGCAGACGUACGAUGCAAGCGCGGCUUACCGAUCGGCGCGGGACGUGGUAACGCAGAUCUGGAUUCGAGAGGGAGUGUCGGGCUUUUACAAGGGGCUGCUGCCAAACGUCGUGCGCGUCUUGCCAACCACUUGUGUGACGUUUCUAGUGUACGAAAACACCAAGUUCUACCUGCCAAGGAUCUGGCAUCCCGAGGGAGACCAUGAGACGGAUUAA